CCUUUUCCACCUACAUCAUUUUCUUCCUUCUUUCUCCAACCAAGGUUAAGGUGCUUUUGUUAGAUUGAAGGCGAGUUUAUUGAAAUGGAGAUCAAAGAUACAAAGAAGAUCUCUUCCUCUAAACUGUUUUCAAUGACUGGUGGAGAAGGGCAAUACAGCUAUGUCAACAACUCGAGCUUCCAGAAAAUGGGUCUGGAUAUAGCCAAGAAAUUAAUGCAAGAGGAGAUCACAAAGAAGCUUGAUAUAGAUAAGAAUAUUUUUUCACCUCCAAAUGUUUUCAGGAUUGCUGAUUUGGGUUGUGCUGCUGGACCAAAUACAUUUUUUCUUGUCCAAGACAUUAUAGACGCUGUAAAAUCUAAGUAUGAAUCUGAGGAAAUCGAAUUUCAAGUUUUCUUCAAUGAUCACAGUGCAAACGACUUCAACACUCUCUUCAGAACACUUCCUGUUGGAAAAAAUUACUUUGCAAAUGGUGCGCCAGGUUCCUUUUACGAGCGUUUGUUCCCCAAGGCCAGCCUGCAUCUCGUGCACUCGUCUUAUGCAAUCCCUUGGCUUUCUAAGGUCCCGGAAAAAGUCCAAGACAAAAGCUCACCUGCGUGGAACAAAGGGAGGAUCCUUUAUGAAAAUUGUAAAGAAGUUGAAUUCGUUUAUGCCGCUCAGUUUGCCGACGACUUCGACACAUUCUUGAAAGCUAGAGCUGAGGAGAUGGUACCUGGAGGAUUGAUGGUGCUUCUCUUCCCCUCAGUACAAACUGAAGCAAACCCUCCUAAAUGCAUUAUGGUCACAAUCUUUGAGCUUGUAGGCUCCAGCCUUAUGGACAUGGCUAAGAUGGGAUUGGUGGAUGAAUCGAAAGUGGACUCCUUCAAUUUACACCUUUACUUUCCAUCAGCGGAAGAGGUGAAAACUAUAGUGGAGAGAAAUGGGUCCUUCAAGAUUGAGAAGAUGCAGCAGCUGGAUCGCCUCAUGCCAGUCAUCGAGAAGCUUGCAUUGGUUAUAAGAGCUGCUUCUGAGGAGGUAGUGUGAGACCAUUUUGGAGGAGAGAUCAUUGAUGAGCUCUACAACCGAUUCACAAAGAAACUGGAGCAGUCUGGCCUCUUCUCGGAUUCCAGUUUUGUGCCCAAUUUGGACUUAUUUACUUUCCUAAAGCGAAAUGGUGGGGAAUGAUAAGAAGUCAUAUUAAUUACAAGAGGAAUGUAACAUCCCACUUUAUAUGUAAUUAAGGGAAAAUAUAUCACAUUCCUCUAC